AUGGCCAGCGAACACAAGAUGCUGGAAGAGACCAGGGAGUUUGACUUAACGAAGCCCCGCGACCUCAUUGAUUUCCUACUACAUGCCGACAUCCGCCUUGUGCGUUUUGACUACUUGUGGGGGCUUGCGCGAAGCAGACAGCUCUGUCCGCGAAGGCAAGAAGCUGAACAUGAAAAGUUCCGAGGUUCUCGCGGUGAGUCCUGCACGGCUUUAGUGACACCCGAAGAACUUAAGACUUUGCGCUUCUUCCCUGGUCCUAUUCGCAAGUCGUUCUCUUCAACUGUGGUGGAGGGUUAUUUCCAGACGCCUCAGCAGCGGCGCGUCCUUGUUGUUUCGGUCUCACACUGUUGGGAGUCGCAGCAACAUGCUGAUCCCUGGGGAUUUCAACUGCGCUGCUUGACUGACAAGCUUGCCACUCACAGGAACAAGGGCUUUGACAUGUGGAUCUUUCUGGAUUGGAUAUGCCUGCCGCAAUUCAAGCGAACAGCAGCGGAGCAGCAAUCCUUCCAGCGUGCCAUGAAAUCCAUGUACGUACUCUAUGCACACAGAGCUGUGGCUUGGGUAGAACGCCUUGUCGACCUCACCCCCGACGAUGAGAAAGUGAAGUCCCCAAGCACUGUGGAUAUAUACUGCUCAGCAACUGACAAGUUUGAGGCACGUCCUUUCGAAGAGUUGCUCUUGAAUCACACGCUGUACCACCAACGGGGAGAAGCCAAGGCCUCAAAAGGUAUGGUAUUAAAGUUUACUCACCGGUCUGAUGCAGAGCUCGUGAUGGAGCUGCAAGAGAAGAUCUUUCGGCAGCAAGCGGCGACGCGGAUCUUGCUGGUCGCAAGUCACCUCCCGCUGCACGAAGUGCGGCUAUCGUUGAAACUGGAUGGAUACUCAAAACACGGGAUCCUGAACAAAGAAAUCCCAUGGCUACGGAAGGUAGCGCUGGACAGAUGUGACGUUGGAGACAAGGGUCUUGCUCCACUGGCAAAGGUUUUCAAGCAGAUGGUGUUCCUUUCCCAUGUUUCCUUGCAGGGAAAUUGCAUUGGAGAUGCUGGUGCUGCUGUUCUUGGAAGUGCACUCGGCGGCUCCAAUGGCCUAGACUUCGUUGACCUGCGCAAGAACAAGAUUUCGAAGGCGGCAAGCAAAGAUUUCGCCUCUGCCCUGUGUCCCGAGAGAGGUUUCCGUUGUAGCAUGGAUGUCCUCGAUGGACCUCAUGAUGGCUACAUGUAUAUAUCUGCUGCGGAAUUCGAGAUGCCGGAGAUGAAGGCCCAAUUGAUGUCAGACACACCGCUCUUAAAUCUGUUGGAUUAUCAGGACCCCUACUUUAAGCGAUAG